AUGCAAAUAGCAUUUGUGCUGCCACCAGCGGUCUUCAUAGUUUCCUCGAUGCAAAAUACAUUAUUUUUAUCAACUACGAUUCUUCUACUCAUUGGAUUGUUCUUUCUUUCCUUUUUUUCAUCGACCGAAGCCAUUCUUCUCUAUCCCUCUGGUUCCGUAUUUCAGGUUGAAUCUACGAUCGUCAUUGCAAGGCACGUUAGAGAUCUUCGAGAUACCUAUUCGACGAUUGAAAAUUUAUUGGAGGAAUAUGGCUGGGGAAAUGGAAGAGAAUGCCUUUUAAGGAGUAUUUGCGAACUUGCGGAAGUUCCGUUUCUCAGGAGAGAACAGGAUAUCGUCGAAGAAGCGAUACAUUUAAUUUUAACACCGACUGAGGACUUGGCAAUCUCGGUUAAUUCCACUCAUCGGAGCGUUGAGGAGUCGUACAGGGAGGCUGAACGAUUGGGGAAGUCUGGCGUUGACUGCACGCUAACGUAUCCCAAUUGCAUCGAAUCACCUCUGAAAUCAUUCACCGAAAUCUUAUUUCCUUAGGGAAACAAGGAAAAGGGUUGGCG